UUUUCGCCAUAAGAGCAAAGCUAUAUACAGUAUCGGAGAUUAAAAUUUUCUUACUAUUAGUUAAACUGACUCUUAAAGCAAAAGCUCUAGUGAUCUGCACACAACGCGUUGUUUUAGUUUCAAAUAGGGAAACAUCACGCUGUUUUGUUCGAAUUCGUUUUGUCGCCGUCGGUAAUGGCGAAAAAUUACACAGUCGCCGAUGUCGUAAAUAUCGACAGUGACAGUGACAGUGACGACGACAACGGAGGAGUAAUAGGAAUGGUUCCGAGCUUGGCAUCUCUAAUAGAGAAUCAGAAAGUUUCGAUCGCUGAUGCUGCGACGGUGGCUCCUCGAGAAACCCUAGAGUGCCGAAGUUUCUGGAAAGCCGGCGAAAACUUUGUGAUCCCUUCAAGUGUUACUCUAACUGCCAUAGGUAUGGUUGAGCAUGCUCGUGUUCAUCCAAAGUUUCUUCACUCGAAUGCUACUUCACAUAAAUGGGCUUUUGGAGCAAUCGCCGAGCUACUUGACAAUGCGGUUGAUGAGAUACAAAACGGUGCUACCGUUGUCAAGAUUGAUAAGAUCAAUAUUGUUAAAGAUAAUACACCUGCCUUAGUUUUCCAAGAUAAUGGUGGUGGGAUGGAUCCUAAUGGGAUCAGAAAAUGCAUGAGCUUAGGCUACUCGUCAAAGAAGUCUAAUACGACAAUUGGACAAUAUGGAAAUGGUUUCAAGACAAGUACAAUGAGACUUGGAGCUGAUGCCAUGGUUUUUAGUCGCUCAACUCGUGGAGGCAAAUCUACACAGAGCAUUGGUCUUCUGUCCUAUACAUUCCUUAGGAAAACUGGUCAGGAUGAUGUGAUCGUUCCUAUGAUUGAUUUCGAUAUAUCCAGUGAUAGCCCCCAACCAAUUAUUUAUGGGUCUCCCGGAGAUUGGUCUACCAACCUUAACAUUCUUCUCAAAUGGUCCCCGUUUUCAACAAUGGUCGAACUUUUGCAGCAGUUCGAGGAUAUUGGAACACAUGGAACAAAAGUAAUUAUAUACAACUUGUGGCUUAAUGAUGAAGGAAUCUAUGAGCUGAGUUUUGACGACGAUGAUGUGGAUAUACGGCUCCGAGAUGAAAAUGCCCAGGACGGGAAACGGUUGCACGCUAAAACAUUGGAAGUAAGAUCUCAUAUUUCGUACCGCUAUCGACAUUCUCUAAGGGCUUACAUUUCCAUGUUAUAUCUCAAAAAGUUCAAAAACUUCAAAAUUAUUCUUCGGGGAGUCUCUGUGGCGCAAUUCAACAUUGCUGAUGAAUUCAGACAUCCUGAGACAAUAAUGUACAAACCCCAAGCAGCUGCAGUGGAUUAUGCUGCCACUGGAAUUAAAGUUGGAUUCAUCAAGGAGGCCCCUAAACUUCCAAUUUGUGGUUUCAAUGUCUAUCACAAAAACCGUCUCAUCCGGCCAUUCUGGAAGGUCGUUCUGGAAGGGUCAACGAGAGGCAAUGGUGUUAUGGGAGUUCUUGAGGCAAACUUCAUAGAACCAGCCCACGACAAGCAAGAUUUUGAGAGGUCUUCUCUAUUUCUGCGGCUGGAGGCGAGGCUGAAAAGGAUAACCUCUGAUUACUGGCAAAAUCACUGUCACAUUUUCGGAUACCAAACUGCUCAAAUCCCUGCAGAUAAGUCGAAAAGGACAGUAAUACCUGAUCAACCGCCUACUGUCAAUACAUACAAUCCUUCGCCUUUGCCUUCUGAUAGAAUCAGUCAUGGUGGUCCUAUAAUACGUGAAAUCAAUCUUAGUAACGCCACUUCAAGCCGAACAGCUGCUGUUGCCGCGCCACAUUUGAGAAAUUACACAGGUUUAAGAAAUAACUUCCAACCCGUGCAGCUCAACCCACAACCACCUGCAGCUGGCGAUACUGGAAACAACCUCGUUGGCAAGUUAGCGGCUGAGAUACGCGAAGAGAACUUACAACUCUUCAUGAGGUGCGAGGAAUAUGUAAAGAAAGAGAAUGAAGUAGAACAGACGGUAAAGAGCUUAGAAAAAGAACUGGAAGAAAUUAAAAGUAAAUGUGCACAACUUGCUCUGCUUGUGGAUGCUAAGAAGAAGGAGAUGCAACAAGUUUAGUAAAAGCGUUACGAGUUAAAACUCUCUGGAACCUAAAAAACCCUAGUUUGAUUCAGAUUUUUUUGGUGUUCUUGAUUUUUGUUUUUCAACUUUCAUGGUGUUCUUGUAUUUGCUUAAUAGCCUGUCAUGUGCAUAUAUGUAACGGUAUGUACAUAAGCGUAUUACUCAUAUAAACAUUUUUGAGAAAUGGGCCUAUAAGUAUUUGAGAUAUGGAGCCCAAUUAGACUGUUGACCCAAAAAAAGAAACGCAAGGCAAUGAAUAAUGAUGACGAAGAAGACGUUUG